AUGUCCCAGCUCUCCCAAUCUGAGUUUACUCCCCAUGCAGCAAGAUCCCAUCCAAGUACCUCCGUCUCCAGGGAAAUCCUCCGUCGUCUUACACAGCCGGAGCGCAGACCCGCCUCGAUUUAUGUCUUUGAUCGACCGUCAUCCCCAGGUAUCCUCAAAAUCGGAAUUACCGCACACUCUGUCUCAAGUCGACUUCAAGAAUGGUCGAAACAAUGCGGUUAUACACCAAAUCUAUUGUUCAGUGCGGAACAUGUCCCACACGCGAAGAGAAUCGAGAGUCUCUUGCACCUUGAAUUGAGGGAGGAGCGUCGUCGGGAGGGGAUGUGCAGGGGGUGUGGGAGGAGACACUCUGAGUGGUUCGAGAUUAGUGAAGAACAAGCAGAGGAAGUGAUGGGCGGCUGGGCCGAUUUUAUGGAAAGAGCUGAGCCAUAUGACUCGGACGGUUCAUUGAAAGAUAAAUGGAGGGAAGUUGUAGAGAUGAUGGAAGCAAACGGGGAAGAGAUCACUGCUAAAGCGCUAAUGGAGCACCACAAAAAGUCAAUACUUAAGGAGACGACGCUCCUUGAGGAGUCUACGGACCUAGGACGCACGCCAGUGAUUGGGGAGCAGGGAGAGGGAGAGGAAGAGGGAGAGGGAAGGGAGGGUGGGGGUUUCGGACAUAUAUCGAAGGCUGCCGAUCACGACCCUAAUCCUUACCAGAAUGACGACAUGGCCUCUGCAAUAGGACAUGGGAAAGUACAUUUUCCUGAACAGUUGACAUCAGGUGUCGAUCGACAGGGCCUGUUAUCUUACUCUGGGCUUCAUACAGACUCGGGCGAUGCAUCACUCAAUCGUCGCAUCAGCCAGCCAGUCAGGGCGGACAAUCGUACGAGCUUACAGGAAAUAGAAGAUGACCAAAGCGCUUCAACAUAUGACACCAAGACUGUGUACUCGGAUGGUGGCAGCGUAGAGACCUCAAGAAGAGACGAAUUCAUUCAGGAAUUCACCGAAAUCCUUUCCAACGACAUAGGUGGUUCUCAACCAGACACCGUGUCAGUGUCCAUACUCUGCAAUGGUAUCCAAGAGCUACUGGCUGAUUUUGCCCUGAGGCUUGGACAUGAAAGUUCAUCGAUUGAGUUUCGCAGAGUUAUGGUCUUCAUUCACCGGUACAGAAGUUCGAUAAGUGCUGCUUUUGAGCAAAUGGUAUCUGGUGUCCCGGAUGAAGAAAUCGGAAACGCGGUGUCGACAGAUAAGAUGCCUAUGGGAGAACUGAUGCAAAUGUGGUUCGACAAAGAUGUCGAAACCAAAGAGCCUAUAAUUUCGACACCCGAGAUCGAGGAGUUACCAUCAGGAGAGUUUGACGAUGCCUCACCAGAGCUUGGCAACUACCGGAACUUGAUACUGAGUACCUCUUCUUAUCAAUGGCUGGUCGCAACUAUUCGCAACAAAUUGCUGCUUGCAACUCCGAAUGGUGAUGUUAAAUCAAGCAUUCGAGCUGAAGUGUUGAAGGCCCUUCCUAAGCCAAGGCUCAUUCUGCAAGCAGCACCGACACCAUUAGUCGAAGCCACAUUCGAUAUGGAUCUGAAGCUGAAUCUAGCUGAUUUUGAGUCAAAGCCAAUAGAACUUGGCGCUAUUGUCACCGUGACAGGAACUGCAAACGAUGCGCAAGCCUUGACAUGUAAUGAAUACAUGCGGCAAACUUGGCCAGUCACCGGCAUUUUCUUGAUACGCUUCCUCGCAGAUGUCUUGAUGCUUGAAUCUGGGCGAACAACGAAGCUCCGACGACUUGACGGUACAAAUAUGAAAGCAAUGCGGGACAAUUCAACUAUCAAGGUGACGGUUUCUGGGACGAGAGACGUUGUCGCCGAAAUUGCAGAACAGCUUUGCUGGGUGACUGCCGCACUCGGGUCGUCACCCACUGGUGGUAGACUCAUGUCCUGCUCGCCUUCAAUACAUUAUGUUGGUGAGACUAAAAACUCUAUGGGCAGAGGAAAGAUAGCUGCAAAGCUUGGAACCUUAACUUCAGAAAAAGCAGCGACAUUGUCAGAGGAUGGAUAUGAUGAUUCCAGUCUAGCUUCUCAGGCGGGAUCAAAAGAUGAACUAUACGGGAACAUUUCAGUUCAGUUCAAAAUCGCGCUCGACUACCAUCAGCUCGCAGAAAACACUGCGUCCGGGUCUUGCUGGCACUAUUUAUUCAAGCGCUGUUUAAUAGUGCAAGGAUUUCCUAUUCGACAACGACCUACGCAUUCUCUCGGUAUCGAGAUUCCCUUAAAUAUUGCAGCAGAACUCAUCGACACAAAAUAUCUGCAGGAUUUUGCUGGCCAUAGCUUCUUGAAAGGGUUUUCGAUGAUGUUGGCUCCGGCGAAGCGAGUGGACAACCUACUCAUUUGGCAUUUGUGUCGCAGCACCACUGAAGACCCUGUUUCUUACCUUGAUCACGGUAUAUACCAGCUAUGCGACAUUGAUAAUGAUGACUUGGCAAGAUGCAGGCAUAUAGUCGGCUGGUGUUCCAAUGUCAUGAAUACCUGUGGCGCUGCAGACAGUGAUUAUAACAUUAUGAAAUCAAUUUUGGAGAAGGUGCCUUCAGAUGGGGUCUUGCACAACUGUGAGAUUUCGUUUGGCAGAUCUCCUAUCGGCGGUGUUGACUACACGCUAUCAGCUAACCAUGUACCUACUUUUGCGCGCGGUACGAGCCUCGGCUUGAUGUUCAGAUAUCUCGGAGAUCAGUUUGUCCUCUUUUGGGAUACAGGAAGCCUCCGGGGGUGGCUCGUCAACGGUCUCCGAUGUUUGCUACAUCUCUUGCGCCUGUCCCUUAAGAUUGAUGACGAGGAAGACGAAGGUGAACUAUUCGUCUUACGCUCAGGAGACCUUAAGGAACCGGAACCUCCCUUCAGUGCACGAAAAUUCCUAUGUCCGAGGAAUUUGUCUACAAAGCUCAUGUUAUCUAGGAUCAGGUUUGGCACGGAAGAAUAUGAGGUCCUGUCGGAUCGCGUGGAGCAAUUCUACUACGUUAUGGAAAAGUCCUUCAUUUGCCAGAAGCAGCACGAAGCAUGGGACAAGAUACCAAGAAGCCAACUGGAAGGCUGGGACUUUUUCUCCAUUGCACGGAAGGAUGAUCCCAUCAAGCCAUCAAUGUUUAAGUUGCCGCCAAGGGGUAAGAGUUGGGUGGAUUUUGUUCGAGCUAUUGGCGCGGUCACAUUCUUCGGCGAAGGAUUUGGGGAAAUUUUGAAACCGAAAGCUCCCACAUGCUCCCCAUUGCCUUGCAGCAAGUACUACAUUGCAAUUACUACAUCAGACAUGAAACAACUCAUGGCGAUGAACGGGUGCGACCUCACCAGUACGACUAGGAUGAUCAGUCAGUCUCCAUCCAUUAUGUGGUAUAGUCCGUCAGGCUCUCUGGAACCCCGUGGCUGCGAGACGAACGAAUUGAAGCCCGACAACGAUAUUGUUCAAGUUAUGUGGUUGAAGGAGUUCGCAAGUCUCUUACCGAAAUCGGGCGAGAUACCAAAUCUCCAGAAGUACGAGAAUGGGGCAAUUAUUUUCGGCCACAACGACAGCAUCCAGUAUUAUGCAGCAGAUUUUGGACCACCCGUACCUGUUGUACCUAUCGGCCCGGCCCGGGAGCCCGAACCGUGUGAAGAUACUAGUACUGGAUCUAGUCUCAGCGAGACUGCGGUAGUAUCGUCAUCAAUACCCACGGCACUGUCUCUUCAUGAUUUUCCAAUGGCAACAUCUACCACUUCGGAAAGCCUUGGCCAAUCGUAUGAAUCCAUCGAUGGUGGCCAUGCCACUCACAGAAGCAGAGAUCUCGAGCCCGAACGAACGAAACUUUUCAAAUCAGAAAGCAUCAGAGAAUCGACCUCCCGUGACCGCAUGACACGACGAUGGCCUGAACAUUGGACGAACGACUCAAAGUUCAUGUUAUCUAAUUUCGACUCUAUUCCUACAAAGCUCUCGUAA